AUGGCGGACCGGCGGCGGCAGCGCGCCUCGCAGGACAGCGAGGACGACUCGGACUCCGCCGCCUCUGAUAGCGCCGACUCGGCCGCCAGCGCUGCCCGCUCCCGUUCCGCAUCCGGCUCCGCAUCGGGGUCUGGUUCACCCCGCCCGUCGCACCGCACGUCCCGGGGGGCCGCCGGGGCCCUAAGCGCUGGGCCGCGGGGCCGCGGAGCUGAAAGCGCUGCCGGGGGUGCGGCCAAGAGCGCGCCUGAGUCGGAGUGUGAAAGUGAGGAUGGCAUCGAAGGAGAUGCUGUCCUCUCGGAUUACGAAAGCGCAGAAGACUCGGAGGCAGAGGAAGAGGAUUACAGUGAAGAAGAAAGUGCCAAAGUGGAGCUGAAGCAGGACAGCAAUGACUCCAGUGAGUCAGCAGCGAAAGCAGAGAAGGGAGAUGAGAAACCUGACCCCAAGGGGGCUGUGACCGGCGAGAGGCAGAGCGGCGAUGGGCAGGAGAGCACUGAGCCCGUGGAGAAUAAGGUUGGCAAGAAGGUUCCCAAGCACCUGGACGACGAUGAGGACCGGAAGAACCCAGCUUACAUCCCCCGCAAGGGACUCUUCUUCGAGCACGACCUGCGGGGGCAGACGCAGGAGGAGGAGGUCAGGCCAAAGGGUCGUCAGAGGAAGCUGUGGAAGGAUGAGGGUCGUUGGGAGCACGACAAAUUCCGGGAGGAUGAGCAGGCCCCCAAGACCAGGCAGGAGCUGAUCGCCCUCUACGGCUACGACAUCCGAUCCGCUCACAGCCCCGAGGACAUCAAGCCCCGGAGGAUGCGCAAGCCUAGGUUUGGGAGCCCUCCUCAGCGAGACCCAAACUGGUCCAACGAGAGGCCACAUAAGCCCCCAAGGCACCAAGGUGCAGACAGCACUUCAGCUCCCCCCCGAACCUUCACCAACAGGAGCUCUGCAGGCACAGGGAGGAUGCCUAGGAGCUACCCAAGGCUGGGGGGCUACAAGGAGAGCCGUGCCAGCUACCGAGCUGCAGAGGCAGUGCAGCAGCUGGCGCGGGGCAGCGAGCAGGGGAAGCAGGACGGCAGCUACCGAGCCAAGCGCAGCGAGCAGAGCCCAGCCAGGGACAAGUCCCCAGAGGUGGAGGCAGCACACGGCCAGGGCAGCCCUGGCAAGGAGGAGGCUGCUUUGGACAGCCAGGCCACUGCUGCUGACGCUGCACAGCCACCCCCAGACAGGCCAGUGGAGAAGAAGUCUUAUUCCCGGGCAAGAAGGACCAGAGUCAAAGCCGGGGACGCAGGGAAGCUGGCAGAUGAAGUGCCCACCUCGGAGGGGCUGGCUCCUGUGCCUCCAAAACCUCUGCAAGCUGAGGCGUCCACCCCACCAGCCAAGAGCAAUAACUGGGAGUCUCCAGUAGAAUCCAGCUUGGAUGGACUGGAGCCAGAGAUGAGCCAAAUGAACCUGGCUGAGCAGAACUGGGCUCCGGGGCAGUCGCAGUUCAUCCAGCCCCGGGAGCUGAGGGGUAUCCCUAACCAUAUGCACGUGGGAACUGGGCCACCACCUCAGUUUAACAGGAUGGAGGAAAUGGCGGUGCAGGGAGGCCGUGUCAAGCGCUACUCCUCGCAGCGCCAGAGGCCGCCGGUGCCGGAGCCGGCGCCCCCCGUGCACAUCAGCAUCAUGGAGGGGCACUACUAUGACCCACUACAAUUCCAGGGACCAAUCUACACCCACAGUGAGAACCCAGCCCCGCUGCCACCCCAAGGGAUGAUUGUCCAGCCAGAAAUGCAUCUCCCUCCUCAUCCAGGUUUACAUCCCCACCAGACUCCAGCCCCCAUGGCAAACCCUGGGCUCUACCCUCCGCCAGUCUCCAUGCCCCCAGGCCAGCCCCCCCCGCAGCAGCUGCUGGCUCCCACUUACUUCUCCCCUCCUGGAGUGAUGAAUUUUGGCAAUCCUGGCUACCCCUACACCCCAGGAGCUCUUCCUCCUCCUCCCCCUCCUCAUCUCUAUUCCAACACACAGGCCCAGUCCCAGGUGUAUGGAGGGGUCACCUACUACAACACUGUCCAGCAGCAAGUGCAGCCCAAGCCGUCGCCGCCUCGCCGGACAUCCCAGCCUGUCACGAUCAAACCACCACCUCCUGAGGACAGCAAAGGUGAGAAAUCAAAGGAGAGGACCAACACGUAGGGAUGUGGCUGUGGGAAUGCCAGUGCCAGACUCAGCUCCUCAGCAGGGAGGAAGCUCCUCGGGAAAGCUCCUUCCCUGCACCUUGAUGAGGCAGCAGGAUGCAACCAGCUGUACCGUCCUGUGCUCAGGGCCGGGCACCUUCCCUCUCUGGUUUUCCUGGUGCCCUCCCAAAGACCAUCUGACUGCUGCUGCUCUGCCUUCCUUCCCCCUCCUGCACUGAGGUCACCAAGGAACCAACCCCCAGCGUCGGCCCUUUGGCCACAACUUCUCUCACUGUCUCUCUCCCUAAACCUCUGCCCUUUUCCCUCCCUUGGCUUGGUUGUGCUCUCUCCCUCUUUGUAUUUAAGAGAUGAAGCAGCUCCCUCA